GCUAACUACGUCAUCACCCGGCGCCGCGUGCCAGGAGCAGCGGAACCGCCGGGCUAGAGCGUCCCCCAGCGGCGCCGCCCGCGCCCCCUGCCGGCUGGCGGCGUCUGGUGCGGCUCCAGUACGCGCUGCGCAUGCCCAGGGCUGUUCCCGCCCCGCAGCCCUGCGCACGUGCUGCCCCAGGGCUCCUGGCGAGGCCUGGCCCCUCUGCCCCUGCCCCUGCCCUGGCUUAAGCGUCUGGCUCGAGGGCGCCCGUGGGCAAUUGCCCCGGGCCUCCACCCCUGGGUGCCCAGCAGAGCCGGGUCGCCCCGUCGCUGCAGGGGCUGGCCGCAGUUAUAGCCGUUGUCAGGCUUUGCUCGUUGCCCCCACCCGCUUUCUGCUCCACGUGUCGGGGGGUUUUAGGGCCGGCUGCAGCCGCGGCUGGGCUGGGCCAAUGCUGCCGGCACCGACCCCGCAGCGUCCUGGCUCGAGGGUCUUGCCCUGGGCAGGAAGGGAUUUCCCCCUGCUCAGACUGGUGCGCGGGGGGGGGGGUUCGCCUUCCUCUGCAGCGGGGCCGGCCGCGGCCUGGGUCUGUCAGCGCACACUGAGAACAUGUCGUAGAAGCAGGGUGAGGACGGUGGUGGCACAGGCCUCCUGCCUUCCCCCGGCAGGGUCGGGUGUGAGGGCUGGCGUUGCUGGGGGUGGACGGGUCACCUUAAAGAGUUCAGCUGGGGGAUUACUGGCUGUAUGGACAGGGCUGAUCCUGCCUCAGGCCGGGGCUGGGCUGGACGCGGCCCUGCAGCUCCUGCCAGGAGGCGGCUGCACGGGGUGCGGGACGGCGCAGGGGAGGCUGGGAUAGCAACACCCACCUCCGCACAGGAUGGUUUCAGGGAAGUUGCAAGGAAACACGUCAUUUGUUUUGACCGAUGCAUAAUGAAAGGAGAACUGGGCCGUGGCGCCGCGCCACCUGCCUCUGGUGGACUCGCGAGCCCGGGCUUGCAGACAACCAAGCAGGCUGAGUCUCUGCCCCUGCACCAAGCCUGGGGGCGUCCCCUAAGACCAGGGUCUCCUGCCAACGCCGCGGUCCCUGAGGCUUCAGCGCUGACAACGAAUCGGUAGUGCCCGACCUGGGGACCCCGAUAAUGCGGGGCUCGUGGGCUCCAGCCGAGGCGUCACGUGGGCCGGGACACUUUCCCCGUCCCGGCCUUCAUAGAUUCAUAGAUGUUAGGGUCGGAAGGGACCUCAGUAGAUCAUCGAGUCCGACCCCCAUCGACUCCGGCUGCCCCUGCCAGGUGUGGGGCUGGGGCACAGGCAAGGCCGGGGCUGGGGGGUCUCGGGGUGAGAAUGGGAACGAGGUCUGCUGCAAGGGCUCCCCCUGCACAUUGUCCGGGACCAUGACAACGCGGUCACUAUGACAUCACGGUGACGUCAUGGCUCCCAGGGCACUCCGAGCCGCGCAGCAGAGGGGGCAGGUUCCACGGCUCCCGCCUGCCACCUCCCAGCGCCGGGGGCCGAUCUCCUCGGUGUUGCCCGUAUUCCUCCCCGUGCCGCGACCCCCCAGGCGAGCUGUCCGGUCCCCCCGGGGCCGGCAGCCUGGGUGCCCUCCCGUGCCCCGCUCAUCUCCGCAGGUAAUGCCCAGAGCCAGGGCUCGGCCCCACGGAGCGUCCCCGAGGACGGAGAGCAGCCAAGCCGACAUGGUCUCCUGGGACGAGGUGGGUGCACGUCCCCUCGCAGCCCCCGGCCCUCCAGGCCACACAACAGGGUGGGGGAGCUCACGGGACACCGGGGGCCAAGCCCCAGGAUUGGGGCCCCUGUGCGAACAGGUCCCAAGGGACGCGAGGGCCCAGCCGGUGGCGGGGGCAGCUCAAUGAGCGCUGGCCCUGGCACCCCGAGAAGAGGGUCCCAGUGUCCGGGACUGACCCAGGCUUUCCCCCGCCAGCAUGGAGGCCGCUAGGGAGGGCCGCUCGUCCUCGCCCUCGUGCUCCGGGCGGCCGCGGCGCCAGCUGAGCCUGGUGGACCCGCAGCCAGGGGCGGCGCAGGACGGGCCGCGGCCUCGCAUCCGCAUCAGCCCCGGACGCCUUCGCACCCAUCGCCGUGCCUCCUCCUUCGAGGACGUGCUGGUGGACGAGCUCGAGAUGCUCCUGAACAACGCGGCCACCACCAUCCAGGCCGCCUGGCGCGGGCACCGGGCCCGCCAGCAGCUCUGCGACCAGUACCACGCCGCCGUCACCAUCCAGGUGGCCUGGAAGGACUUCCUCACCCGCCAGGGCCUGGUCCCGGGGGGCUACGGCGCCGGGCAGGAGCCCCGGGACGCCGCUCCUUUGCAUGGGUACAGGAUCCGGCACGAGCUCAGCUGGUCUCGGCUGCGGCCGGAGGAGGACGCCGCGUGGCGGGGGUACCGGGCCGGACAGGAGGUGACCUGGACUAGGCCAGAGCCUGAGCCGGCUGCCCCUUGGCAGGGCAGCCAGGCCAGGAAGCAGCCCGUCUCCGCUAAGCCUCGGCGGGGCUCCCCGUCCCGGCAGGAGCCGGCCCGCUGGCGGGAGUCCCAGGCUCAGGCCGGCCGCCAGUGGCCUGGGCCGAAGGCCGAGCCGGCCGCCCCGUGGCGGGGGCACUGGGCCAGGCCGCGGCCGGCGGAGAAGGAGGCGGCCGCGGCGGCGAUCCAGGCCGGCUGGCGAGGCCACCAGGCGCGCAGCAAGAUCCGCACCCGGCACCAGGCGGCCACCAUCAUCCAGGCCCACUGGUGGGGCUACCUGACGCGCCUGGCGCUGGCCGAGAAGCGCUGCGCCGCCCGCACCAUCCAGGCGCACUGGCGCAGCUACCAGGCGCGCCGGGCGCUGGUCCGCUGGCACCGCGCCGCCACCAUCCUGCAGGCCCACUGGCGGGGCUACCGGGCCAGGCAGGGCCGGUGGGGGCCGGCCCCGCUGCGAGGCCAGCCCCGGGCCCCGUCCUACCCCGGGGGCUACGCCAGCCACGUGCAGCGAGGCCGCCUCAGCUACGUGAUGGGGGCCUCGGAGAUGCCUCCCCCUGCCCGCCCCGUGCCCGGGGGGCACUCGUGCCCCCGGGCCCAGAGCCGGAUGGACGCGUGGCCCAGCCGGCCCUGCAAGGGCUGCAAGGAGCGGCCGCUCAGGCAGCCAGGGCUGGUGCAGAGAGUGGACACGGAGCCGUCCGUGUGCAAGCGGUGCCCGUGGUGCGGCCGGCGCACCACCACCCGCGUGCUCCUGGGCACGGGCAAGGGGCCGGCCCGCGUCUCGGGCUCCAGCUCGGAGAGCAGCGACACAGGCGAGCAGUGGCCGCAGACCGCGGCAUCCCUCCGCGGCAGCCGCAGGACCCCGGGCACUGGAUACCUGGCGGGCUCCUGCAGAGCUUGGCAAGCCGGGCGCAGCGCCUGCCAGCGAACCCAGCUGGCCUCAGCAUCCGCCUCCUCCCAGGGGAGCUACUGGAGCGCCGGCGCUCCCCCAGACGGCAGGGCAGUGCCCGGCGGCCGAGCCGACGCGUACCAGCAGGGCCGGACACAUUACCGCCCCGGCCCGCAGGCGGCCGCCUGGUACGGGGGCCCGAGCACCGCCCCGUGCCACUCCUCGCCCCGGAGCGCGGGGCCGGCCUGCGGGUCAAGCAGCUGGCGGGCCGGCCAGGGCGAGCGGCGCGUGUUCAAGUCGCGGAAGCAGUACCAGGACCUGAUGCGGGCGGCCACGUGCAUCCAGGCCUUCUGGCGGGGCUGGCAGGCGCGGCGCGCGCUGUGCCAGCACCACCCCGCGGCCCUGCACAUCCAGUCCACCUUCCGCAGCCGCUGCACCCGCGUCUGCCUGGAGGAGGCCGGGCGUCCGGACAGGGACGAGACGGACGAGGAGCCUGAUGACCGCUGGGGCACCCCGCGGUACCGAUAGGGUGGGGGCCGUGGGACUUGGGGACGCCCCAUCUGUUCCCAAUAAAGCCGAGG